AGCAAAUGCGUCGUCUUGCGUCGUCUUUAUCGCACCUGUUUUGACUUGCAAUCAAAGCUUCAUCGAUUCGAUACGCUCCGCAUAUCGCUUGAGGCUCUGUCGCAAUUUGCUCUGGCAAAAUGGUAUGCGCCCGAAUAUGAUGCAAAACCGUUCAACUUCUGCUUCCUUCCAGGACAAACCUCAUUGCACAGCUGGCAUCGCACAGCUUGCUCCUCACAACAACUGCACAGCUGGCAUGGUCGAAACCAGCCGGGUUGAGGAAGGCGUCAGAAAGCAUUGUUUCUCAGGCGACAGAGCAGGGCUGAUCGGGGCCUUCCAGAAAUGCAUCAGGGCUGCAGGCGCUUGACGAAAUGGGCGUUGUGCAAAUGUUGGACAGUUUCUUUGAUAGACCUGUUGUGUGCUUAUUUACUUGCAACAUCUAAUCGGGCCUUGGAUCUAGGUGCAACAGUAGGGAACCAAGAGCAGAACAAUACAACUGCAGGGCAGCUCUCAAAAGGCGCAAGUUUGGAACACCUUCUUUCAUAGGGGGAGUUGGAGAAGAUCAGGAGGGGAAGAAGCAAUGGGCAAUGUUUUUCGGAAGCUCUUGGACCAGCUCUUCGGCAGCACGGAGAUGCGGGUUGUCAUGCUUGGACUGGACGCAGCUGGAAAGACGACCAUCCUGUACAAAUUGCACAUUGGGGAAAUACUUUCCACUGUGCCAACAAUUGGUUUCAACGUCGAGAAGGUCCAAUACAAAAAUGUGCAGUUCACUGUGUGGGACGUGGGUGGGCAAGAGAAGCUGCGGCCACUGUGGCGGCACUACUUUGGGAACACCGAUGGGCUGAUCUACGUCGUCGACUCGCUGGAUAAAGAACGAAUACACAAGGCAGCGGCUGAGUUUUCGACGAUAAUAUCGGAUCCGUUGAUGAGAAAUAGCGCCAUCUUAGUGUUUGCCAACAAACAGGACAUGCCGCGAUGCAUGACGGUCGCUGAGGUAGCGGAGGCGCUCGGUCUUCAAAAGCUGCGGAGUCGGCAAUGGCAUAUACAGGCCACGUGUGCCACGAAAGGGGAGGGUUUGUACGAAGGUCUAGACUGGCUUGCGGCUACUCUGAAAAAGAUGCAGUCUGGCGGGGCCCAGACGUCGGUGCCAGCUUGACCCUGCCAGGGUCACCUCUCCUUGUACUUACUAACAAAUAGCCAAUCAUUCUUGGAUAGUGUAGCAUGUGCUGUAAAAUGUGGAUGAAACGUACAGUGACAAAGGCUCCAAAGCUGGAUACUAAUCAGUGAGCAUAUUCUCGUCUAAUGUUGCCCCGAACGGACAGCAUCCGAUUGGGGUCGUUCGGUGAUCUUUGCCGUCGGUAGGGCCGGGGAAGGCGGGCUGCGCAGGCUGCAUGCAACAGUGCGUCCCUCAUGUGGUUUGGUGGUCAUGUCAACCAAUUUGAAUAUGGGGGAGACGGUGUGCAACACCAGUCUAUCAGGCGCGUACCUCCACCAGAAACAGACUAAGAAUCCCAUCUUUCUACGGGAUCCUUGGAUGCACUUGGAAGCACACGACGGCCGAUUUUCGGAGUUCCGUACCCUUAUAAUGGUUCCCUUUUGCAAACUUAACAAUAAGGGCUACCUGGUUUUAUCUCCUUCAUUCGAUGAUAACGGCGCAACCAUAUAAAUUUGCUUGAUCGCUUUUUAAUCAACUUCCAC